AUGCCCAGACUGGAAACGCUGAGCGAAGUACAGCGCAGGACACUGGAGUUUUUUCCAUGCCUGGAGCAUGAAUCAACCCCCUGGGUGGGAUUGUCCAAGCCACUGUCCGAGUGCAAGGUUGCCCUGGUAACCUCUGCCGGCCUGCACCUGCGUGGCGACAAGCCAUUCACUCGGGAUGAUCCCGGUGGCGAGUACACCUAUCGGGUUAUUCCCAGCGACUGCAACCCGGCGGACGUGGUGCAAAGCCACUUUUCCAUAGGCUUCGACCAUACCGGCAUCUAUCGGGACUUGAACGUCACAUUUCCGGUGGACCGGCUGCGGGAGUUGGUGGAGCAAGGAAAGGUUGGGGAACUGUCUGCCAACUACUACUCUUUUAUGGGCGCGCUGCGGGACGCCAGCAAACUGAUUGAGGAAACCGGCCCGGACGUGGCUCGCCGCCUAAAGGCAGAGGGAGUAGACGUGGCGCUCCUGACCCCUACUUGA